AUGCCAGAACAGUUUGUCACGUUUAUUUUCUCACUUGACGACACGCAUGAAAGGGUCCGGGAGAUCAUCCAGGCCACACUCCCGAGUCUCGAUGAAGAAAAGAUAAAGUUAUUGGUCGAAAAGCUGUUACUGCAGGGAGUAGAAAGCCGACAAGACCUAAAAUAUGUACGAGAGGAGGACAUGGUGGACAUCAUCAGGCCCAUCCAGUGUAGGAAACUACUUGAUUGCUGGAAAUUACAAGAUCCAAUAAGUAGUGCUGUUACCCCACCUCGGCAGCUGUCCUCAAGCACCUCACCAAGCCUUUCGUGGUCCAGUAGCCCCAUGUCCUCUCCUCAACCAUCUCCACGCCCACAUAUAAAGAAAACCUGGCCUGAAGCCUUUCAGGUGGACUGGAACAAAAUGCCCUCAGAUUUGCUGUCUACUGUGAUGAGUGGUAAGAGACCCUCGCCAUCUGACAGACGGCAGUUCGUGAGAGUGUUAGUUGAUGAAAUGAGGAAGUACGAAGCUAACCCCACAAGAGCACAAUGCCUCAUCAUCACCAGAAAUGUGAUAAGACAAUAUCCCAAAUCCUUUGCUGAUACCAUGGACGAUGGCAAGACAAUGGUUGGUGGAGGCUAUGAAUCACUUCUUAGCCAGGUUAAAGUACGUGUAGAACACUUAAACAGGAACAACACCCUUCCCUCGGUUGAUCAUUCUAGCGUUGGAUGGUUAGCAUCGAGGGCCACGUGGUGUCUUGAAGGAGCAACGUUUGUUUUGGGGCUUGCUGUUGUCUUCGCAUGCUACUACAACUUCAACCUCCAAUAUCAGGAUCUGGCUGCCUGCACACUUGAAUUCAUACAGAGAAGCUGUGUUGGGAUUAACCCAGAGAGAGGGACAAAGGCACGUCAGGGAAAGGUGACCAGCAAGAAGAGCGGGCGAAUGGUCCAAAAGAAAGCGACAUCCCUGAAUCCGCAUGUGUGCACCCUCUUGAGGAAGCUCAUGGACUUCGAGUGGGACUUUGUAUGAG